AUGCCUGCUGGACUGCCUUGCCGUCGCAGGCGCGAGGAGGUGGCGGACGUGUACAACACGCCGCUGCUGGACCUGGUCUAUACAGCCGCCAGCGUGCACCGCAUGUACAAUGACCCCGCCAUGGUCCAGCGCUGCACACUGCUGAGCAUCAAGACGGGGGGCUGCCCCGAGAACUGCGGCUACUGCAGCCAGUCCAGCAGCUGGAGCAAGGAGACGGGGACCAAGGCGGAGAAGCUGAUGGGGCUGGAGGAGGUGUACGAGGCGGCCCUGCGCGCCAAGGCCUCUGGCAGCACCCGGUUCUGCAUGGGCGCCGCCUGGCGCGGCCCCUCCCAGGUCGGCAAGGGCCAGUGGGAGCGUGUGCUGGAGAUGGUCGGGCGCAUCCGCGGCCUGGGCAUGGAGGUGUGCACCACGCUGGGCAUGCUGACCCCGGAGCAGGCGGCGCAGCUGCGGCAGGCCGGCCUCACCGCCUACAACCACAACCUGGACACCAGCCCGGAGUACUACGGCAAGGUGACCACCAGCCGCAAGUAUGAGGACCGGCUGGCCACGCUGGAGAAUGUGCGGCAGGCGGGCAUCUCUGUCUGCGCGGGGGGCAUCAUCGGCCUGGGGGAGGGCCAGCUGGACCGCGUGGGGCUGCUUCACCAGCUGGCCACGCUGGCGGCGCACCCUGAGAGCGUGCCCAUCAAUGCGCUGGUGGCGGUCAAGGGCACACCCAUGCAGGACAAUGAGGCGCCCUCGGGCCUGGACGUGGCACGCUGCGUGGCCACCGCCCGCAUCAUCAUGCCCCGCACCGUGGUGCGGCUGUCGGCAGGCCGCCUCAACUUCUCCUUUGCAGACCAGGCGCUGUGCUUCAUGGCGGGCGCCAACUCCAUCUUUGACGGCGACAAGCUGCUGACCACGCCCAACAACGACCGGAACGAGGACCUGGCCAUGUUUGAGCUGCUGGGCCUGAAGAGCCGCCCCGCCUUCAUCGACUACCCCUCCGGCAACGACAGCAGCAAGGAGUUUGGCGGCCAGGCGGCAGCGCCCGCGGCCGCCCAGCACGGCGGAGGCUGCGGCGGCAAGCGCGCGCACGUGGAAGCGUGA